AGUUCUUAAGAGUUCACCUGUUUCAACGGGCCCAGCCAUACGCGUACUCUUCUAUCCAUUAGCUAACACAGUGCCGUGUCGCCGCUUUUGUGGUUUCGUGCACGCAUGUGUAUGUGACAUGGCGAUUACCAUUGAACUCGAUCAUUUGUUUGGAUGUUUGUUACUCGUGCCCCUGGACGUAACCUAGCAGUCUAACGAGUCGAGAAAGAUCUUGUACUGGUUUUUCAGAAAACAGAAACGAAACCAUGUCAUAUCCAGGCUACGAAACAAUUUUAGAUGACUACGAAAUAAUAGCUACAACCAUGUCGUCUUCUUCUUUUGAUUGUUGCUACAUGCGCCAUGUCUACAAUGUGAUAGUGUGUCAGCCUGUGCGUUUGUAUAAUUCACCACUACCCAGCCACGUUUAACUUAGGUCGGCUGAAAUUUCAAAGAAAACCGAAUCUAUCGAAGGUCUCGUUUCCGAGUGCUUUCACAUUCGAUUAUACUCGUUAGUUCUGUGCUAUUUUCUGUUGUGCCCAGAGCCGUCGCUAUCGCAUGAUGUGCUGCUUCGGAGAAAAAGUCGCUCCGGCGUUCUGUCACGUAAGACGACGAAUGCUGCUACUAGUAACAUUAUUUCUUGUCAUUGAUGCGCGAACGGUUAAGUCGACAUGCGUCGGCGGAAAAGCACAUGGCGGCAGCGGAAGCGCAGGCGCGAACAAUACGCUCCCAUGUACAAUCACAACUAUAGGGGCAAACAAUAACAAUACAAGCAGUAAUCGAACGAAUACAAAUAACAGCAGUAUUAUUAAUAGCUCUAAUAACAACACUGGUGCUGAUCAUAACGGUGAUAACAAUGGUCAUUAUAUUAAUAGUCUAACAGAUAAUCUCACUGCGCCCGCGCCGUCCGAAUUAAGCGGCACCAACCGUAGAAAAAUAAUGGACAUUGGCUUCGCGAGUAGCACUCAUGUAAACAUUGCUGCUCACUCUGGCCGUAAAGAAGCUGCACUGACGUCGCUCUCAUCGUCGCCCGCCACAGGCAAUGCGGACAGUCAAAACGGUGACGCCGCAGGUAGUAUUGAUAAUAUAGGGGGUAGUAGCAACAUCACGACCAACAGCAGUUUCAGUGGCAGCGUUACAAACGCAACUGCACGCGCCAAUAGCGUCAGUGAACCAACUAUCCGUCCACGGGAGCCUCGCUACCGGCCCAUGGUCGAUACUGUUGUAGGCUCCAUGGUUCUCGGGGCCAUUCUCGUUAUUGGAGUGGCCGGCAACGCCAUGGUCGUUGCUGUGGUCGCCCAGACGCGCUCGAUGCGGACACCAACAAACUGUUACCUCGUCUCGUUAUCAGUUGCCGAUCUCAUAGUACUUCUGUCAGCGAUUCCGAACGAGAUUCUCGCCCAGUACAUCCUCGAGGAUGAGUGGGUCUUUGGUCGGACGGGCUGCGCGCUAUUCGUUUUCUUCCAGUACCUGGGCAUCAAUGUCUCGUCGCUGUCAAUUACUGCGUUCACCGUCGAACGCUAUAUAGCCAUCUGUUUACCGAUGAAGGCACAGACGAUGUGCACGGUGAAGCGUGCUAAGAAGAUAAUUCUUGCCGUGUGGUUUUUUGCUCUGUGUUAUUGCUGUCCGUGGCUGUUCUUCCUCACAACGACGAAGCCGAUUCACUAUCGCGGAUACGAGCACCGUUACAUAGAGACAUGCACGUAUUCCUUACAUAGAUCCUUCUAUAUGCGGUUCUUUUUUGCUGACAUCAUCCUAUUCUACGUCAUUCCACUCAUUCUGUCCUGUGUCCUGUACGGACGAAUGGCUCGAGUCCUAUUCCAUACGGACAUUGGUGCUAUGGCCUGUAAGGCUAAUGGAGAGGCUAAGGCAAACGCGAAUAAUCAGUCGCGUAUUCAGGUGGUGAAGAUGCUGAUCGUGGUAGUUGUGCUCUUUGCAACAUUGUGGCUACCGUACCGUGUACUGCUCGUCUACAAUUCGUUCGCCAGGAAGCCCUACCUGGAACUGUGGUACCUGAUGCUCUGCAAGACGCUCAUCUUCGUCAAUUCGGCGAUCAAUCCUGUACUCUACAACGCCAUGUCAGCCAAGUUUCGGCGCGCUUUCCGACGUACCCUAUCAUGCGGCUGCGGGUGUGGAGAUGUACGCUUGGAGCAACGAGGUUUUUCAACAGUCAUGACCGUCCGCCAGCAAACGAAUUUGCAUCGUCCUUCGCGAAAGGAUCAAUACUAAGGACGCCCUCAAAUCACUAGGACCCGUUCCCUUGAUGCAGACGGAUCAACGAAUCGAGUCAAGGGAAGGAGCUAUAAUUUGCUUUUCCAUUGAGAAAAAAAUAUAUAGCGUAAAAGGUUAAAUAUUUUUUGGUUAGCGCGAAGAUCUGAUGAAGCGAUGAAAUUGCUUGGUCGUCUUCAAUUUUUGAUAUAUAUUAAAAGUAAUAUGUAAAAUGAAGGGAUACCUGGCGUGCAUGAGUAAAGUAAGUCUGUCCAACACAGAAGCAGCUCUAUCGGGCUUUUUUUCUAUACAUCCAAACACAAAGAAACACCUUGUAGGUAAGUCAAACAGUUGCUUUUAUGCAUUAAUCAUACACUGGCCGUAUCAUUUACAACUGACGCGGCUCUCUUUGCUACCAGCGAGCCGCUCCGUAUAUGCGUAUAAACUAUAUCGCAUGUUCCGAGCUCUGAAACUGACGUUAGCAAUGAUUUUAGACUAUUAAGCCAGAUAAUUAGAGUCCAUGCUGGAGAUCCACAAUGUUCCAUUCUAUUAAAACAGGCAAUUACCUAACAUAAUGUCCUAAGUUACUUUUGAGCCGGAAGGAAAUUCAAAUUAAAAGCCACCUUUCCCUCCUUUAGCGUCCUUGUCAAGCUACUCUUGUCCUUUUACUAAAUGCGUAUGAAUAUGAAUACCGGCCUAUGUUUCUAGCACCAACGCUACAGCGUUCUAAUUGACUCUGGCUAAAUACUACCGCCCACGUACCGGGAACUGGUUUAUAACAUGACAUUGUUUUACAGACCAAUUCGCAGAUUCGAGAAUAGAAAGCCAUGUAAUAUAGAUAGGAUUGUACCAUAAGCGGAUAUUAUAGGCAACAAAGGGCACAAGGCGAAGCGAGCAUUUCAUUGAAGGUCCAGGGCUGAUGUUGAACAUUGAUGCUGUGUAUAACCGCCAAGAGACGAACGCCGAGUGUCGUGUCUGUCGCAUUCUGUGGUCCUUGUCUUGGUUGGCCAUGGUAAUUUUCUUAGAGGGUCGACGAUAUAACCCUCCCGCAUGUAUAAACACGGUGUAAAGAUAAAAUCUCGUCAAUAUGAUUUGAUGUAUUGACUAAAGAAUAAAAUGAAAUCAGAAUAAUGCACCGAGCGUGGCAGUCGGAAAUGGAAUAUUGCAAGCAAGAAACUGCGUUAUGAGUUGAUUGUCUAGGAUGGGUCCUUUUACUGUCACAAACGGAAGGAUAUAUACACUAAAUGACAGGCUAUAUAUAUAAAUAUAUAAAAAGAUAUAUAUAUGUGCAUGGUAGUGAUAAUGCUAUGUGUUAUUUCGUGAAGUAAUGUUGGAAAGAAUGAUAUGGAAAGCUUCGAUGGUA